AUUAUUAAAGCGGUAGCCUGCUGGCUCUGAUAAGCAACAAGUUCCCCAGCGGUCUUCCCGCCCUAGCCUGACGAGGCGAAGGUUUUUCUUACCUGGCGACAGGGAAAUCUCCCGAGUCGAGCUCAGCUUUGCCAGAGCCCCAGGUGUGACCUGAGCAGUGGGCAAGUGUGCAGGCUGGGUUAUUUUUAUGAGGGUACCCUGAAACUCCCCGGGAACUUUCUGUGCCAGGACCCAGUGACCGGCGGUUGGGAGGCAGCCCCAGGAACCACCGCUAUAUAGCAGGGCACUUGGGCAGUCAUUGGAAACCUCGCUCAUUCAUUAGAAUCACGUAAGAACUCAAAAGGAAACGUGUCUCUGGGAGUGAGGGCGUUUGCGUAAAUCUAUAGGUUUUACAACAUCGAUGACAGUUGCUUUGUCUUCUGUAGUCGCCAAGGUGGUUGACAGUUUAAGCUUGCGGAUAUUGCAAAGGGUUAUUAGAUUCAUAAGUCACACCAAGUGGUGGGCGAUCCACUGAGCAAAGCCGAACUUCUCACAUGAUGACUUCAAACAAGACACAUUACCUUCCAGCAUCUGUUGGGGAGACGGGAUUUUAAGACACUUGAGUCUCCAGGACAGCAAAGGCACGAUGUUCCACCAGGUGAGAAGAGUGAUGACCAUCCUUUUCCUUACUAUGGUUAUUUCAUACUUCAGUUGCAUGAAGGCUGCCCCCAUGAAAGAAGCCAACGUCCGAGGACAAGGCAGCUUGGCCUACCCAGGUAUGCGGACCCAUGGGACUCUGGAGAGCGUGAAUGGGCCCAAGGCGGGUUCGAGAGGCCUGACGUCGUCGUUGGCUGACACCGUUGAACACGUGAUCGAAGAGCUCUUGGACGAGGACCAGAAAGUUCGGCCCAGUGAGGAAAACAAUAAGGACGCGGACAUGUACACGUCCCGGGUGAUGCUCAGCAGUCAAGUGCCUUUGGAGCCUCCUCUCCUCUUCCUGCUCGAGGAAUACAAAAAUUACCUGGAUGCCGCGAACAUGUCCAUGAGGGUCCGGCGCCACUCGGACCCUGCCCGCCGCGGGGAGCUGAGCGUGUGCGACAGCAUCAGCGAGUGGGUGACGGCGGCGGAUAAAAAGACUGCAGUGGACAUGUCAGGCGGGACAGUCACGGUCCUCGAAAAAGUCCCCGUCUCGAAAGGCCAACUGAAGCAGUACUUCUACGAGACCAAGUGCAAUCCCAUGGGUUACACAAAGGAGGGCUGCAGGGGCAUAGACAAGAGGCAUUGGAACUCCCAGUGCCGAACUACCCAGUCGUACGUUCGGGCCCUCACCAUGGAUAGCAAAAAGCGCAUUGGCUGGCGGUUCAUACGGAUAGACACUUCCUGUGUAUGUACAUUGACCAUUAAGAGGGGAAGAUAGUGGCUUUAUGUUGUAUAGAUUAUAUUGAGACAAAAAUGAUCUAUUUGUAUAUAUACAUAACAGGGUAAAUUAUUCAGUUAAGAAAAAAAUAAUUUUAUGAACUGCAUGUAUAAAUGAAGUUUAUACAGUACAGUGGUUCUACGAUCUAUUUAUUGGACAUUUCCAUGACCAGAAGGGAAACAGUCAUUUUUUGCGCACAACUUUAAAAAAGUCUGCAUUACAUUCCUCGAUAAUGUUGUGGUUUGUUGCCGUUGCCAAGAAUUGAAAAACGUUAAAAAAAAAAGUUUAAAAAAUACUACUAAUAAAUUGCAUGCUGCUUUAAUUGUGAAUUGAUAACAAACUGUCCUCUUUCAGAAAACAAACAAAAAAAGAAAGAAAGAAAAAAAAAAGCCUAACAAAAAUUUGAACCAAAACAUUCCGUUUACAUUUUAGACAGUAAGUAUCUUCGUUCUUGUUAGUACUCUAUCUGUUUUACUGCUUUUAACUUCUGAUAGCGUUGGAAUUAAAACAAUGUCAAGGUGCUGUUGUCAUCGCUUUACUGGCUUAGGGGAUGGGGGAUGGGAGGGGUAUAUUUUUGUUUGUUUUGUGUUUUUUUUUUUGUUUUGUUUUGUUUUGUUUUUUUAGUUCCCACAGGGUGUAGGAAUGGGGAAAGAAUUCCUUCCAUCUAGAGUCUGGUUGAUAAAAGAUUCAUUUGUAUGUUGCAGAGAUGUCGGCAGUAUCAAUCAGAUGACUGGAAAGUGAAUAAAAAUUAAGGCAAACGAAUGACGUGCUCACUCCACUUCCCGUGACGCACCUCUUAGGCGCCUGCUCACCCUCUGGGCCUUGGUCGGGGGAAGAUUCUUUGGUUGGAAAGAUCUCCAUUUACUCUGAGCACAUUCUUUCCCCCCCACCCCCUCUGGUCCCCUCCUUGUUUUGUUUUCUCGAAGGGAGAAAAAUCAGUUGCGCGCUCUGAAAUAUUUUACAACUGCUGCAAAUGAGUAGACAUGUUUUGUCACAUCGUGGCACUCAUAUAAGCAUGGAGAACAGUGAUUUCUUUCUUUCUUUUUUUUUAGAUGAGAGAAAAACAAAAAAUAAUUCAAAAAUAAAAAUUCUUUUAGAUGAGGGGUAAACAUUUGGGUCAAUCAUUGUGAGGCUUAAAAAAAAAAUCAUGGAAAGGCAUAUAACUGUCUUGCAAGCAAAAGGUAGAGUUCUGUACAGACCCAGAAACACCUAGAUCAGAGCAGAAGUCCACACUGCCAGUGAAAUGAGACUGAACAGCCUUCUGGAGGCUGUGUGGAGCUGACCUAUCAUUUCCAGGUGGUGCAGAAGGAAUUUCUGAGCGGCCAUGCUGAGGUCUAGGUGGGGUGGAGAAGGGUACUUGAGACAUUCCAGAAGGGAGGACUCUGAAGGACCCUCAGGGGUGGCUCUGGAAUGACACGCGUCAAGUUGCUUGGACCUCGCGCUUUAAGUGCCUACAUUAUCUAACCGUGCUAAGAGGUUCUCGCUGGAGGACCGCGCGCUCAAGCCGAUUUACACCCUCCACCUCUGAGUAAUUUUGCAUAAAGCUGGAUUAGCCUGGAACAUUUUUGGAACUACACGAUGGCAUUGUGAUCAUGGAAUGGAUUCGAUGAGAUGGGAGAUGUUUGUUACAUGAGCACUUAUUGCUUUGAAAUUAGACUUGAGGAAACCAGGGUUUUGUCUUUUGAGAACUUUUGGUAAAGGGGAAGGGAACAGGAAAAGGCCCCAAAACUCAGGUUGGAUGACCAUGGCUACCAAAAGAAAAUCUUGUCCAGAGACAAGACUUUGGGAUGGUGUCUGCCCAUCCAGGACACUAAAGGCUUGAAGGCGCUAUGCUCGGUGGAAGAGGCCAGGACAGAGCUGACAAAGUUUUGCUCCCCGGUAAAGGCUGCAGCCACCUCGUGACCAUCCUGUCUGUUCAUGGAGAGGGUCCCUGCCUUACCUCUGCAAUCUUGGGUUAGGAGAAGUCGAGUUGGGAGCCUGAAAUAGUGGUCCUAGGUAAAAUGGAUUCCAGUGGAAAUUAGUGCCCAUUUAGCCCAUCGUGUAAACCUGAAAAUGUCCUGGAUGGGGUCCUUGAGUAUCAGAAAGCCUCAAGAAAUUUGCUGCAUCUUAGUAGGGUGAGGGAUAAGCAAAAGAGGCUGUCCAUCAUGACCCAGGGAAUGAAGAUACCAUCAGCAAAUAAUGUCUACUUGUUCAGUCUUUCAUUUAGAACGAGGCUAUCUUUUACGGUACCAUCCUGAACACCUGUCUUUAAAAGAAGGAAUAACUUAUGUAGUAUAGGUUUGUUUUGUGCUGUUUGAAACUACUAUCUUUGUAAUUAUCUUUAACAUGUAAUGAAUACUCGGAAUAUCUGCUGUCUGAUCAAUUUUCACAGCCUCCUGUCAAGGGACAAAAUUCUAAAACAAAACAAAAAAGUCCCCAUCACAGUCUCGAAGUGUACUGUAAAGGCCGGAUCUCUUAAGUGGCCGAGCAGGAGGCAUUCAGCAAUCAUGUGGUCGGUGGCAGUCUCUUAUUCAAUAAGCUACAUCACAGUCACAUGCUCGGUGGUUUACGUUGACUUAAGGUUGAUUUUGUUAAAAUCUUUCUCUGUUGCUGUUCAUUUUUGUUCCAUUUUGUUUGGUUUUGUUUUUUUAAAGUCUUGCUGUGGUCUCUUUGUGGCAGAAGUGUUUCAUGCAUGGCAGCAGGUCUGUUGCUUUUUUCUGGUGAUUCCCAUUGACAAUGUAAAUGUCUGUGGCCUUGUUCUCUCUAUGGUAAAGAUAUUAUUCACCAUGUAAAACAAACAAAAAAUAUUUAUUGUAUUUUAGUAUAUUUAUAUAAUUAUGUUCUUGAAAAAAUUGGCAUUAAAACUUAAUCGCAUCAGAAGCCUAUUGUAAAUACAAGUUCUAUUUAAGUGUACUAAUUAACAUAUAAUAUAUGUUUUAAAUAUAGAAUUUUUAAUGUUUUUAAAUAUAUUUUCAAAGUAC